CACACACACACACACACACACACACACACACACACACACACACACACACUCGAGCAGGUGCUCCAGUCCUACCUGAGGAGCUCAACAUGAGGAUCUAUCCCGCUUCUGACCUGCACGGAUACUAUGUUCCCAUGGCUUACUGAUUUUUUCCUGAAGAGUUGCACACUUCACGCGCUUCCCCGCGGAGUUUUUGGGAAUAUCGGGCGAAUAUGAAAGUGACAGUGUGUUUUGGAAGGAUCCGGGUGGUCGUUCCCUGUGGGGAUGGGAAUAUCAAAAUACACAGUCUUAUUCAGCAAGCGACAAUGAGAUAUAAAAAAGCCAUCGCUAAGGACCCAAGCUACUGGAUACAGGUGAAUCGUUUAGAGCAUGGAGACGGAGGCAUUUUGGACCUGGACGACGUGCUGUGUGACGUGGCCGAUGACAAAGACAGGCUGGUGGCGGUGUAUGAGGAGCAGGACCCCCAUCAUGGCGGGGACGGCACCAGCGCCAGCUCCACAGGCACCCAGAGUCCAGAGCUCUUCAGCACGGGUGAGAUCAACUCCAGCAACCUGUCAGCCUUCCAGCCCUACCAGACCAGCAGUGAGAUCGAGGUCACCCCAUCGGCCCUCAGGACCAACAUGCCUUUGCAUGUACGCCGCAGCAGUGAUCCGGCUCUGGUUGGUCUACCCGAAGCCCAGCUCCAGCCAGAGGAACCAUCUCGUAGGAACCCCACACGCUGGUCCACCACAGCAGGGUUUCUAAAAGCCAAUAACACCAGCGGAACCAACAGCCUAGAGCGAAAGGGUAAGGCUCUGGAAGCGUACCGCAGCCUGCCUCGUGAUGUUGUCCCCUGGGAUAUCCAGUUUCAGAGGGAAAAUGCCCGUUCUUCCCUCAGUGCCAACCAUCCCAUGGUGGACCGAUGGCUUGAGCGUCAAGAACAGGAAGAAGAAGAAGAAGACGAGGAGAGAGCAGACAACGGGAGGAACGGCAGGAUAGAGCCGGUGGGACGGGCAGAUUCAUGUGUGGAGUCAGCUUCACUCGAUGAAAUGUUGAAGCCGGUUGAGGUGUCCAAUGGCGGUGGGCCGCUAGGAAUCCACGUGGUGCCUUUCAGUGCCAGAGACAGAAGGACGCUGGGCUUGUUAGUGAAGAGGCUGGAGAGGGGCGGGAAGGCGGAGCGGGAAGCUCUGUUCCAGGAGAACGACUGUAUCGUCCGGAUUAAUAACGCAGACCUGCGCAACAUCCGAUUCGAACAGGCCCAGGAUUUGUUCAGACAGGCUAUGCGUACUCCACUCAUCCUGUUUCAUGUAGUUCCAGCGGUGAAGAAAGCCCAAUACGAGCUGCUGUCUCAGAACGAACUGGGCCUUCAGGCUGCUCCGGGCCCCGGGGACAGGGCCAGUCUGUUGGGAGGAGGUGUCGACUAUAGCCCACGGAGAAUGUCCAAAGCCGAAUCGACCCUGGGCUAUCCCACGCUUCAGCACAUAUCAAACCAGACCCCACCGGGCUCCAUCCAGUCCUCCAGACCCACCAGUGCCACCUCCUCUGUGGGCUACUCCAAAAAGAUCGGCCGCAAGUUCAACGUCCAGCUGAGGAAAGGUCCGGAGGGCUUGGGUUUCAGCAUCACCUCCAGAGACGUCCCGAUUGGCACUUCCGCCCCCAUAUAUGUGAAGAACAUCCUCCCGCGUGGAGCUGCCAUCCAGGACGGCUGUCUGAAGGCCGGAGACCGGCUGCUCGAGGUUAACGGAGUGGAUCUGAAUGGUAAGACUCAGGAGGAGGUUGUGGCUCUGUUGCGCUCGACUCCCAUGGAAGGCACUGUAGAUCUUCUCAUCGUCAGACAGGAGGACGCUUUCCUGCCCCGCGAAGUGAAAGAACAAGACGAUUUAAUUUUGACCCCAGAUGGAACGCGGGAGUUUAUGACGUUUGAAAUCCCUCUCAAUGACUCGGGAUCGGCCGGUUUAGGGGUCAGCGUCAAGGGCAAUAGAUCGAAAGAGGGUCACGCUGACCUGGGCAUUUUCGUCAAAUCUAUAAUCACCGGAGGAGCCGCCUGCAAGGACGGGCGGCUGAGGGUCAAUGACCAGCUGAUAGCAGUUAAUGGAGAGUCUCUGCUGGAGAAAACCAAUCAGGAAGCAAUGGAGGCCCUCCGCAAGUCCAUGUCCAUCGAGGGCAACAAGAGAGGCAUGAUCCAGCUGAUCGUGGCCCGGCGGCUCGCAGGGAGAGGAGAGGAAGUUCCAGGUAGCCCACGAAUGCCUCUGAACUCUCCUCGAGACGAACAUGAGCGACGGAUCUCUCAAUCACUGUUUCCUGGAGACAGCCUGGAUGACAACCACACCCCACGACACACCAUGAUGGGUAGAAUGAUGGGUCACUUCCAGCUGUCCCCCACUGUGAAUAUGCCCCAGGACGACACCGUCAUCAUUGAAGAUGAUAGGCCACCUGUUCUUCCUGCCCACAUGUCUGACCAGUCAUCCUCCAGCUCCCAUGAAGACAUGGGAUUUGUGACAGAAAUGCCAGGAUCCUGGCCCAAAGAUGUCCAGAUACAGGACGAAAGCACACUCUGUCCAGACGCAGAUAUGGAUGGUGUGUUUCAGAGGGAAGGCUUUGGCCGGCAGAGCAUUUCAGAAAAGAGGACCAAACAGUUCAGCGAUGCUGCUCAACUGGAGAUCGUCAAGAGUCGCAAGUCGAAGAGUAUGGACCUAGUAGCCGACGAGUUUAACCUCAUUCCCCGCACAGAGAGGACCGAAGGAAACUCCACACGAGAUGUGGGACCGUCGUUGGGUCUGAAGAAGUCGAGUUCCUUGGAGAGCCUCCAGACAGCUGUUGCUGAGGUAACGCUCAAUGGAGACGUCUCGUUCCACAGGCCACGCCCCAGAAUCAUCAGGGGGCGGGGCUGCAACGAGAGCUUCCGGGCGGCCAUUGACAAGUCUUACGACAAUCCAGGUGUGACCGCGGUCAGCCCCGAUGAAGAUGAUGAGGGCAUGGAGACAUUGGAAGAAGAUACAGAGGAGAGCUCACGAUCAGGCCGCGACUCCAUUUCCACGGCCACAGACCUCUCACUCCCACCCUCCAACACAGAGAAACAGCUGAACGGAGGACGCAGCAAAGAGGACAAGAGGAAAGAGCGAGGAGGGAAGGACAAGAAAGACAAGACCAAAGCCAAGAAAGGUGUGCUGAAGGGCCUGGGCGACAUGUUCAGGUUUGGCAAAAACCGCAAAGAUGAGCGGCACGGGGACAGGAUGGAGCGGAGAGGAUCCAGCAAGAGCAAGAUGGAGGAAACUCAGGCCACCGAGGAGGAGACGCAGAGAAUGAAGCUGGAGAAUGAGAGGAUUCAAGCAAAGACCAGGGAGCUCCGAGAGCGACAGGCCAGAGAGCGAGACUACGCUGAGAUCCAGGACAUCAACCGAAACUUCAGCUCUGACGAGGAGCACACCUAUGCUGGGAUCGGCUCUCUGGACUCGUCCAUGGACAGCAGUAUGGACCUGAGCCAUAACCCCGGUCCAGAGCGUCCUCAGAGCCCUCGAGACCAGGCCCUGCCUUUAGAGGCUCUCUACGCACAGGUCAACAAGCCCCGCAACGGACGCCCACCCUCCGUCGACAGCAACCGACUGACACCGAGCAACCAUGACCGGAUACAGCGUCUACGGCAAGAGUUCCAGCAGGUUAAGCAAGAGGAGGAACCUGAUGACCGCCGCCGAUCCUACAGCUUUCAACAACAACAGAGGGCCAACACGGGUUCUUAUACACCGACGGGGCGGCACUCGGUUUCUGUGGAGGACCAAAUCCAGAAGCAGAGAGAGGACAGAGACUCUUUCACACAAGCCCAGAGGCAAUACAACUCCUUACCGCGACAACCACGUAAAAACCCUAGCACGGUGUCUCAAGACUCUUGGGAUAAAGUCUAUCCUCCCGGCGAUGUCUUUCAGUCCGCCAAAGAGAACCCGCGCUACUCCAGCUACCAGGGAUCCCGCACUGCCAAUGGCUACAUGGGUGCUGCCGCCACGGGCCUGAAUGCUCGCGUCCUCCUGGAGACCCAAGAGCUCUUGAGACAGGAACAGAGACGAAAGGAGCAGGAAGCUAAAACCAAGCUACCUACUAUGGAGGAGACACAAACCCCAAGCCAAGCCCCUGUUCCAGCUCCACCCAAAGGACCCUACCGACAAGAUGUGCCACCCUCGCCCACCCAACUCGCCCGACUCAGCCGUCUACAGACACCUGAGAAGGGCCAUCCCUUCUACUCCUGAGACGAGAGAUCAAAACUGUAGGAAAAACUAUGUGACAGCAAUAAUAUGGAAUGGCGAGAGACAGAAAUAUUAAGGUGGAGACUAAAUGGAGAAUUCUGGGAAAUCUGGUUUGGAACUUUUUCCUCUUUUUUUUUCUCUCUUUUUUUUAACUCUGAUAUGAAAUCUUUGUACACACUGAAGAUCUUUAUCAACUAUCCAUCUCCAAUUCCCGCUUUUGACAAAUGUGUAUGUUCAGUUCAUUGACUUUAUGGCACUAGGUACUCUUGACAAUCACAUGACAGUUGCCCGAAGCUUUGAAACAUGGUUGUUUCCACCAUAUUGUGACCUACAUAUCUUGUAGGUGGGGGAAUUUCACUACACUUGUCAUAUAUAUAUAUGUAUAUGUGUGUGUGUGUGUGUGUGUGUGUGUGUAACUUAGGAGAUAAUUCCCAACUUAAUUUGUGACUACAAUUUAUUAAUAUUUCCAUUCCUAAUUCUUACAUUAAAUUAAAUAUUAAAUAUUAUGUAAUAAACUUACAUAAUUACAAAAGCUUGACUUUAAAGUCAACAUGAAAAUCUGUUAUUCAAUAGCUAUGUUUUCAUCCAACUAUUUUUGUGAAUUUUAGGAUAUGACAAAGAAACACCAAGAUGCUCAUAAAUAAUAUAAAAUAAAAAACAUGUAAUGCGCAUAAUAAUUUCUUUAUCUGACAAGAAAACGUGUAUAAACAACGACGGAAACAAAUUUACCAGAUUAUUAUUUUUUAAUGAUAUGUUGCGCCAGUUUCGCAGGAAGUGGCAAUUUUUUAUUUUAUUUUUUUUUUUAACACAUGGGAUGGAAACAGUUUUAUUUGCAAAUGUUUUAUGCAAUAUUUUAAUUUUGUGCACAAGUUAAACUGGCAAUUUUGGAUGGAAACUUAGCUAACGAGAUCAAACAUAAUUUUCUUUAUUAAGAAUCAGUGGUAUUGUGAAAAGUUUUCACUAUCCACCAUAUUUUCCAACGCGGAAGUAAGCUGAGUUUUCUGAGAAUAUGCAAGAAUUCUGUUUCAUUGAGAUAAUGAGAAGAAUAACAAAGUCCAAUAAUUGAUCAAAUUGUUUGUGCUGGAACUAUAUUAUAAUUCAUUAUUCAUUUAAAUGUAAUUAAUUAUAAAUAAAGUAUUUAUGAUUAAGAUAACACAUUAUAGUAAUAUGGUAAGAAACACCAGUAUGCAAUAUCAAGCAGCAAAACAUGUUGUUUUGUACAGGAAGCAGAAGACAAAGAAAGCCAUACACAUUCAAUUUACAAAUGGCUGUGUCCGCUCUUAAAAAAAUAAAAUAAAAAAUAAGGUAAAUAUGACAAGGGUUAGAGGGGAGGGGCUUAAAAAUAAGAGGGACUGGUGAUGUCAGCCACAAUGGAAAAUACAUUACUAUACAUAAAAGUGGGGCAUGUUUUUACAUUUUGAUGAAAGAUUGCAAGCUUUUCUUAAUGAAUAGUGUUCACAGAUCCUUUUUGUAUAUUUACACCAGGAACAUGUAUUGAGAUAGUAUUUAGUGUCUUUUUUGCUUCCCAUCAAGACUGUAUAUAUGUGACUUCUAUGCAGUGUGUGUGUGUGUGUGUGUGUGUGUGUGUGUGUGUGUGGAUGCAUUACUUUUAAACCUAGUAGGUGUGGGUGUGAUUCUGACCUUUGCCUUCACACAAACCAUCUUCGGUUUCAGCGUCUCAGACAGAGGCCAGUUCUGUUCAGCACUUUAGUUUUUUUUAUCGCACAGGUUAAUGGGCAGUUGCUCGCACACAUGUUCCACUAUAACACAACAAAUCUCAGGUUAAAGCUGACGCUGCAGUAGCCACGGAUAUGGUCACAAACCUGUUUAAAGAACCAGUUCACAUAGUAAUGAAAAUGUUGUCAUCAUCCACUCUCUCCCAUGUCAUUCCAAACCUGUUUGCUUUUCUUUAUGUGAAACACAAAGUGCAGUCCACACUUUAAUCUCAAAAGAGCUGCUAAAAUGGAUAAACCAAAGGCAAGUUGUCCAUGUGGCUUGUGUGCUUCUACGAUAAAAUUGGACUAUGUGCUUUUAGUUUGCCCUUUUUUAUGCUAUAAAAAAGUUAUCUUCAAAACAUCAUUGUGAAUGAAAGUACAUUUUUCCAUGACUAUCCCUUUAAAUCUAGCUGCCUUUAAACUAUUCAUUCAAAACUCCAAGAUUUGUAGGUGUGUGUGGGUGGGUUUUGCGUGGGAUUGUGUAUCACCAGUGCCUGUAACAUGACUCUCUCUUGUCUAUGAACUGUAUCUUGCCAGGAACAUGAAACACUUGGCCACAUUUUUCAGAGCUAAAGCUAAAAGUGCUCAAUAAGCUCUCACAAAAGGGAAAGCCAGGCCCAUUGACCAACGUACUGUCCUCCAAAUCUCUUCCUGGCGUCUCGCUCUGUCUCUGACCCAUUCAUUGUACAAAAUGUUCAGUAUAUCUCUGUUCUUCACUGACUUCGGUACUUCCUCCAAAAAUCGUUCUGGGUUCUGUUGUACAACAUGAUGUGAUUCUAAUCCUGUAUCUACAAACAAACAUUUCCAGAACGGCAGCUGUCUUCCCUUCUAUUUUAUAUCACAAUUUGUACAUGUUAAAUUUUUGGUGGGAAGUGCCUGUGAAGAGGGGUUUAUUUGUAUGUUAAAAGUUUAACGUGUUGCCAAAUGCACAUAUUUUUUUUUUUUAAUGAAAUUAUUGUAUUCCUUUGACUUUCUCUGAUCAUACAGCAUUUGUUUUAAUCGUUAAAAGAAAGCAAAAUCUGCACAUUUUAAUGUAUUUGUAUGACAUUUUGUCUUUUAUGUAUGUCAUAGGUACUAUGGUGUUUGAUUCCUGUAUACAGAGUGAAAAUGUUUUUUACACAUUUUUUUUUAUUUUUUAACUGAUGUGUAUAAAUAUACACAAAUCCUCCUGUACAUAUCAAAUCUAUAUUCAAUAAAAAGUUUCUUCAUUCUGUUUA